CGCAUCGCUCUUGCGUAGUCGGAUUUCAUUGUCACGAGUCAAAGUUCGGCUGCUGCUGCUGCUGCUGCUUGAGCGCAAUCUGCCAUAUUUUGUCAACAAAGGCUCGGGGAAAUCGAUAAGGAGCGAGUGAGAGUAGAGUUUGUAGAGACGUGAACGGGGAUUUUCAGUGCUGUGGACGGGGAAUUAUUGGAUGGAAACAGAAUCAUCUGAUUGCUGAAUGAUGCGUUGUGCAGCUGCUGUGGGACGUCUGCUACUCCGGAGCGGGAUUCAAACCCACAAGCGUACCUGUGCAUUGAUUUCCUCUUUUCAUGGGUCGGAAGUGGCCUCUGCGCUGAAUCUGCAUACCUCCAGUAUCCUCUCGCAAGUGCCGCGCAUGAACAUGGCGCCGGAUGUGGAGCCCAACGGUCUCAAUCUGAAGACGCAGAUCGUCAAGGGCGAUCUGUCCUCCCUCAGUCCCAAAGUGCAGCGUUAUCUGCUGGAGUGUGUGUCCGUCUGCCGGCCGGAUAAAGUGUACAUUUGCGAUGGUUCGGAGGAGGAAAACACCGAGCUCGUCAAACAGAUGGUUGAGGAGGGCAUGAUGAAGAAGCUACCCAAAUACGAUAACUGUUGGCUGACCCGUACCGAUCCGGCGGAUGUGGCCCGUGUGGAGCGUCUGACGUUCAUCAGUACUCGCAAUAAGAAGGACACCGUAGCCCAGCCCAAGCCCGGUAUUAAGGGCAUCCUCGGCAAUUGGAUGUCUCCAGAGGAGAUGGAGCAAGCGCUCAGCUCACGAUUUCCCGGAUGUAUGCAAGGACGCACUAUGUAUGUGAUUCCGUAUUCCAUGGGUCCAGUGGGAUCGCCACUGUCCAAAAUUGGCAUCGAGCUUACCGAUUCGCCCUAUGUCGUCGCUUCCAUGCGCAUUAUGACACGUAUGGGCACAAAGAUUUUGAAAGCCCUAGGCGACGGAGAUUUCGUCAAAUGCCUCCAUUCAGUCGGUCUGCCACUGCCUGCUUCGCGUCCUGUGAUAAACGGUUGGCCAUGUGAUCCAGAGAAGGUUAUCAUUGCGCAUCUGCCCGAAAAGAACGAGAUCUGCUCUUAUGGAAGCGGAUACGGCGGCAAUAGUCUGUUGGGCAAGAAGUGUCUGGCUCUGCGUCUGGGCAGUAUUCUGGCGCAGCGGGAAGGCUGGUUGGCCGAGCACAUGUUGAUUUUGGGCAUAACCAACCCAGAGGGAAAGAAGAUUUAUGUGACGGCCGCAUUCCCUAGCGCCUGCGGAAAAACCAAUCUGGCCAUGUUGAUCCCGUCACUCCCUGGCUACAAGAUGGAGUGUGUGGGCGAUGAUAUUGCCUGGCUGAAAUUCGACCAGAAUGGUGUACUGCGGGCGAUUAAUCCCGAAGCCGGCUUCUUUGGUGUGGCACCAGGAACAUCUGAUCAGAGCAAUCCCAACGCCAUGGCUGCCAUCCAGCAGAAUACGGUCUUCACCAACGUGGCGGAGACACCGGACGGGGGUUUUUGGUGGGAAGGCCUGGAGAAGGACAUCCCUGUGGAUGGCCAGGAACUGACGGAUUGGACCGGCAAACCCUGGACCCUUGGCUGCGGCCGUCCUGCCGCCCAUCCCAACAGCCGCUUCUGCGCCCCCCUGGAGCAGUGUCCCGUGGUGGAUCCCUUGUGGCAGGACCCGCAGGGCGUCCCCAUCUCCGCCAUCAUCUUCGGUGGACGCCGGCCCCAAGGCGUGCCUCUGAUCUACGAGGCCUACAACUGGGCACACGGGGUCUUCAUUGGGUCGGGAAUGCGGUCGGAAGCCACGGCGGCUGCGGAGCACAGCGGUAAAGUGAUCAUGCACGAUCCCUUCGCCAUGAGGCCGUUUUUUGGGUAUAAUUUCGGCAAAUAUCUGGAACACUGGCUGAGUAUGGAGCAGCGACCGGCCGCACAACUGCCGCGGAUUUUCCAUGUUAACUGGUUCAGGAAAGAUGCCGCAGGGAAAUUCAUCUGGCCAGGUUUUGGAGAGAAUAGUCGCGUGCUGGACUGGAUUGUCAGGAGGGUCAACGGAGAGGAUUGCGCGGUGGAGAGCGCUGCUGGUUAUCUGCCGAGACCGGGCUCAAUCAACGUCGACGGGCUGGGCGAGGUGGACAUGGAGGAAUUGUUCCGUCUACCGAAGGAUUUCUGGCAGGAGGAAGUGGAGGCCAUCGGGCGCUUCUACGACGAACAAUUGCCAGAAGACUGUCCCGCGGAGAUGCGCCGUCAGCUGGACCAACUCAGAGAACGAGUCGAGAAGAUGUCAUAAUUUCCCAAUACACAGAUCGCUUUCAUUCUUUCUCGUGCAUAAUUUUACAUUGUGUUUAUUUUAUUAUGCGUAUUACCGCUCUGUUGAAGCUGUGUGCGUUUUGAGCAUGUAUAGUGUUUUAUGCGGUUUGAUUGUUGUCCCUUGUUUUCAGCGCUGUGCUUAAUGGACCCGGUGGCUUUCGCACGGCAUAUUUGCAUUCGAUUUACUAGAGUUUUUAAUGAUCGCCUUGUUGGUUAAUUCCUAAGACAUAAAAUAAAGUAUAGUUCAGA